AGUUUAAAAGUUUAGCCAGGUCCAGACUUGCAAAAAUACGAGGUCUCUAGCACAACCGUCUCAGUAGAAAUCCUUCCUUUUUACGAGGAACAUUCAAAUAAUUUUGCAAUUUUUUUAAAAUUUCUGUUAUGUUUAAAAUGUGAGAGAAAUUAUUCGUGAGCAAAUAUGGACGAUUUGAUGGAAAAUCGAAAACAAUGUCAGAUGCUUUUGAACAAACUCGUGGUUGCCGGACAGAAAACAACGGAUUCUGUACAAGAUCUUUACAAACUAAUCCGCAGUAACCGGAAGAAGAGGAUUUUAGCUGCUUCAAAAGCCAACUACUCCACUGUGUCCAGUUAUAGUCAUGUUACAGAAAUAAGCAAUAUAAUAUCACCUGGACAUUAUGGCAAUAGACCAGCGCAUAAAACAGCUGCAAACAGAGAAAAUAUCUCUUGUAAGAAACCAUUGUGCAAUCAUUUAGAAAGUUCACCAGUCAAAGUCUUGAAGUCUUUGUAUGAUGGAGGAAACAGAUGCUUCGACAGUAGCAACAACUACAGUAGCAGUACCCCGGUCACAACUGGCUUCUUUGAUUAUAUCCAUAGUGUUGGAGCCAACGAUGAUGCUGUGCACUUUGAUGAUUAUGAGAAUGCCAACGAUAACGUUGAUGAUGCCACUAGCUGGGAUAUUCCAGAAGAUGAAAUUAAUGUUUGUGAGAGAGGUAUCAGGGGUGAUAUUGCUAUUGGCAAUGUUGAUGGUAAAUUGAUUUGUGAUGAUGAGAUUGACGUAACUGACGGUGGAGAUGGUUUUCUCAUUGAUUACUUCAUUGGUAGUGGUGAUAAUGUUGAUGAUGAUGAUGAUGAUGAUAUUGUCACUAUCAAAUUUUCUUUGGAAGACCCUAGAUUUGCUCAAUCCAUGCCUGAUGAGCCCCCAGCCAUAAGACCUUAUCUGAGCAAUGAUGAAUUAAAUUGUCAGACACCAAAUGCCACAAGCAAAGCAAAAUAUCAUCCACAAACUCCAAAAUCUCAUAACCGUCAUCUUCAGAUCACCAAAGAUAAGUUCUUAGAAGAUUCAACAAAGGAAGAACAUGAACCUAGAAGCCCUCUCAGAAUUUUGUGUUCCGAUAACUGGGCAAGCCAGUGGCGUAAUAGUCUUACCAUUGAUAACGAUGAUAGCGACCUCCAGUUGAGUGAUAAUGAUCUGAGUGAUAGCUCAAAGCCUGAAGGCAGAAGUAGCAGCCAUCUUAAUGCCAGUGCUGAAGAAAACCAAAUGAAACUACACAACAAGAUCUUGGACAGCUCACAAAAAGAUGCUGGAAAAAAGGAAGAGGUUGAAGAUCCUGGUGCAGUGGAAAUCUGUCAGUAUUCUUCUCGACUCAAUGAUAGUGGAAACCUGAAGAAACCCAGUAGAGUUUCUGUUGGUACCAAUAGACAUUCAAAAGUCGGUAAAGAAAAUAUCGGCAAAGAUGCACCAAGAUCUGCAUUCAAGAGCCAGAAAGAGAAGUUACUUGGCUACGAUUGGAUUGCUGGUAUUCUAGACAACCGUCAGCAUCACUCUACAACACACUUGUCCAACGAGCACUUUGACAAGCUGAAGUCCUUCUGGAAGGAAUCUCAAGACAGAAGAUUGACAGAUGUCAACCAGCUGGAGAACUUUGUGGAUGAAUCUCGUGAACCUCAGUUGAUACAAGAUAUACUGACUGAGUCUAAAAUCAAAUCAUACCAUAUUAAUGACCGGUUAUUCUCGGAACCAAUGAAGAAAAAGUCUUUCUUAACUUCUGAGUCCUCUGAAGUCAAUAACAAACGAAGCAGUGCUGAGAGUAAACCCACGUUUACGUCCCCAAGAUACGUCAGAAUCAGCAUGCCACAAGAUCUGUUGUUGACCAAAUGCCAAGUCAAUAAAGCUCCUCGGAAGGGUACUUGUGAUACCACUGACACUCUGUCACUUGGAAAGCACUGUGUAAUGGGAUGGAACAACACCCAACAUGGUAAGCUGGCCACAGCUUCUAGCAUCAGCAUCAAACAUGCUUCGGGUGGCAGAGCAAAAGAAAUGCUGACAAUGGAGGAAGCAGAAAAUUUAGCAGCUGGAACUUCGUCUCAGUUUCAAAUGGACAGUGGUAUUCAACACCUCAGACAAAGGCCAGGAGACCGUCGGUUCUUCACUGCUGCCUCUAGAGGAAAACACCAGAAUGAAAGCUCAAUGGAACCACAAAUGCUGUUCCAUCAGUCUGAGCCAGCAAACUGUGAUGCACACAACCAAGAGACUUUCAGCUCAUUUCUGCAGCAUGUUACCAAUACUUCUUCAACUUCUCCUGUUAUUGGACAUUCAUCUCGCCAUUCCUCCGGUAAAACAAGUAUACUGUCCACCAGUGAGCUAUUGGACAGUACCUACUCUCUCAUCAAGCAUUUAGAUCAGCUGAAGGCAAAAUAUGAAAAAAAGAAACGGAUACGACAGCAGCAACUCCAAGGCAUGAUCACGUAGCAAUGCCAACUGAAAAGUCACUUUGACCAGCUUCAUUCAGCCGUUUUUUAAAAAAUGUUUUUUUCACUUUGUAGAUAUUUCCAUUGUCUCGUUAUAUUUACCCCUUAAACCCCAAUCAAGCAAACCUUUAUGAAAAAAGGUGUUCCAACCUUGACUAUCCUGUCUGUUUUGUUUUAGGUUUCUCUUUUUUUUUUUUUUCUUAUUUGUGAAAAUUGUAUUAUCGGGUGUGUUCUCCCUUUUUGUAAAGUGGUGGUUUGUGAUGUAAUACGAGGGAGAUUUCAUUGCUAUUUCACAUCAGAUAAUGAUGCAGGAGGGAGUGGGGGGCAUCACUCAUUAGCUUAUCAUGUUGUUGUUGUUGCAAUUGUAAUGUCCAUGAAAUAAUUGUGUCAAUGGUUAGAGCGUUGGGCUCUCGAUCAUGAGGUAGUAAGUUCAAUUCCCAGACCAGGCUGCAAGUUGUGUUCUUGACCAAGACAGUUUCACAUUGCUCCAGUUCACUCUGCUGUAGAAAUGAGUUAUGGCAUCACUGGUGCCAAGCUGUAUCCCCUUUUGCCUUUCUCUUGGCAUGGAGAGAGUAGGCUGGUAUGCAUGGGCGACUGCAGGUCUUCCACAAAGAGCCCUGCCUGGACUUGUGCCUCGGAGGGAAACAUUUUAGGUGCAAUGCCAUGAUCAUUCAUGACCAAAGGGGGUCUUUAUCCUUUACCCCUUAUUAAGUACCAACAGUCUACAUAAGAUUCCCUACUGAUCCCACUUAUGAACUGACUAAAGUGCCAUGCCUAAAGCAAGACCCACAUACACCCUUGUCUGACAAAACACAAACAAAAUAAAAAAAUUUGUUUUGCACCCAUGUACAUAUUUCUAUAUUCCUAGUGUUGAGUUGUGACUAGGUAUUUACUAAGCGUUUAUUAAUUAAUUAAUUUACUUAACUGUACUCCAUUCCAAGUAAUUUUGUGAUAUUGUGCCAAUGUGUAGCCCUUGGCGAACCAAAGUCUUGUGAGUGGAUUUGGUAGAUGGACACCAAAAGAAGACCAUUAUGUGUUCGUGUGUAUGCAUCAUCAUCAUCAUCAUCAUCGUUUAACGUCCGCUUUCCAUGCUAGCAUGGGUUGGACGAUUUGACUGAGGACUGGUGAAACCGGAUGGCAACACCAGGCUCCAGUCUGAUUUGGCAGAGUUUCUACAGCUGGAUGCCCUUCCUAACGCCAACCACUCAGAGAGUGUAGUGGGUGCUUUUACGUGUCACCUGCACGAAAACGGCCACGCUC